AUGAGAGAUCGGCCCGUCAUCAGCAUCGAAAAUUACACCAUAUACUGCGGCAAUGGUGAUGAGAACAAAGUAGGUGGCUGCGCGGUAGCUGUGAGGAACGAUUACAAGAACCUAGUGGAGGAAUUUGGCUCAACGUCGUCUAGAUGCGCCUUUUUACGACUGCGGGAUCGCAGAGGACGUAAACUCUGGAUCGUAAGUGCUCACGCACCUACGGAAACCGCUGAGGACAACACUAAGGACGCCUUCUAUGAUGAACUCAAAGCUUUGAUGUCUAAAAUACCAAGCCAGCAGGUGGUCAUUGUUGGAAUCGACGCAAAUGCGAAGAUGGGACUCGAACAGCAAUCCGAUGUGCUAGGAAAAUGGUACUAUGCAGCGGAGCGUACGUCGGACAACGGUGACCGUCUGGUCGACUUGUGCGAACAGACGGGCCUCAUCAUCGUUUACACGUUUAAGAGGAAUCAUUGA